GACACUGGAGCAGGCAGCCUCAGUGCCAGUGGUCUAUGCCACAGCCUACUAUUCUCUGGUGGUGCGCGGCAGGCUCCGCCACGGAGAGUCUGUUCUCAUCCACUCAGGGUCAGGAGGGGUCGGCCAGGCUGCCAUCGCCAUAGCACUCAGCAAGAAAUGCAAAGUCUUCACUACAGUUGGAUCAACAGAGAAGCGGACCUACCUGCAGGAGAGGUUCCCUCAGCUCUCAGCACAGUCCUUCGCCAACUCCAGAGACACCUCUUUUGAACAGCACAUCUUGCUUCACACACAGGGCAAAGGUGUGGAUGUGGUGUUGAACUCUCUGGCUGAAGAGAAGCUGCAGGCUAGUAUUCGCUGCCUAGCCCGACAUGGACGAUUCCUGGAGAUUGGCAAAUAUGACCUGUCCAACAACUCUCCACUGGGCAUGGCUCUUUUCCUGAAGAAUGUAGCAUUCCACGGCAUCCUGCUGGAUGCUCUCUUUGAAGAGGGUAACCAGGAGUGGGAGGAAGUGUCCCAGCUGCUGAAGGAAGGCAUUAUGGGAGGCGUAGUUCAGCCUCUAAAGACCACUGUGUUUAAGAGCAACCAGGUGGAGGAAGCAUUCAGAUACAUGGCUCAAGGGAAGCACAUUGGCAAGGUCCUCCUGCAGGUCCGUAAUGAGGAGAGGGGUGCAGCAGUUCAAGCUGCUUCCCCCUUGUCUCUUCCUGCUAUCUCUCGCACUUUUUGCGUCCCCUCCCACUCAUACAUUAUCACUGGUGGACUGGGAGGGUUCGGUCUGGAGCUUGCUCAGUGGCUGAUGGAGAGAGGAGCCCGCAAACUGGUGCUGACUUCCAGAUCAGGCAUCAGGAAUGGAUACCAGGCAAAGCGAGUGCGCCAGUGGCAGAGUCAAGAUAUGGAGGUGCUAGUGUCAACCAAUGAUGUCAGCACACUGGAGGGAACAGAGAGACUCAUUGUUGAAGCCAGAAAACUGGGCCCAGUGGGUGGUGUCUUCCACCUAGCCAUGGUGUUGAAAGAUGGCAUGUUGGAGAAUCUGACCCCUCAGCUCUUCCUUGAUGUUAACAAACCUAAAAAUGAUGGCACCGUAAACCUCGACAUAGUGACAAGAAAGUUGUGUCCAGACCUCAAGUACUUUGUAGCCUUCUCUUCAGUCAGCUGUGGGCGUGGUAAUGCUGGCCAAAGUAACUAUGGUUAUGCCAACUCAGCCAUGGAGCGCGUGUGUGAAAAGCGCCAUUACGAUGGCCUACCUGGACUUGCAGUCCAGUGGGGUGCCAUUGGUGACGUGGGUGUGGUGCUGGAGACUAUGGGUGGCAACGAUGCAGUGAUUGGUGGCACCCUACCACAGCGCAUCACAUCCUGCAUGGAGGUGCUUGACCUCUUCCUGUGCCAGCAGCAGCCGGUGAUGUCGAGUUUUGUAUUGGCAGAGAGGAUGGUGGCAAAGAGCGAGGCAGGAGGCCAGAGGGAUUUGGUAGAUGCUGUGGCUCACAUUCUGGGUGUGCGGGAUGUGAACAGCCUGAACGCUGAUGCCUCAUUGGCUGACCUGGGCCUGGACUCCUUGAUGGGUGUUGAGGUUCGCCAGACUCUGGAGCGUGACUACAACAUUGUUAUGGCCAUGAGGGGCAUUCGCCAGCUCACCAUCAACAAGCUGCGAGAGCUGGCUAAUAGCAAGCCGGGAGGACCAAAUGAAUCUCACCACGCUUCAGUUAAGAGGGAUGUCAUUCGUGUUUUGUUGGAGUCUGAUCUGACCCAACUAUUGGUCAACCCCAAUGGCCCCACGGUAACACUACUCAACAAGGGUCAGAGCCAGGAGAGACCGCUGUUCCUGGUCCAUCCCAUUGAGGGUUCUAUUGCUGCCUUUAAGACACUCGCCUCCAAGCUUAGCGUGCCUUGCUAUGGCCUGCAGUGCACAAAAGCUGCUCCCCUGGACAGCAUCCAGUCCCUGGCAGCCUACUAUGUGACUUGUAUCAAACAGGUUCAACCAGACGGGCCAUAUCGAAUCGCUGGCUAUUCCUUUGGUGCCUGUGUGGCAUUUGAAAUGUGCUCUCAGCUGCAGACCCAGAAUCAGUCUGUGGAGUACCUCUUUCUUUUUGAUGGAUCACACUCCUAUGUAGCAGCAUACACACAGAGUUACAGAGCCAAGCUGACACCAGGUAAAGAAUCUGAAGCUGAAACUGAAGCUUUGUGUGCCUUCAUCCAGCAGUUCACUGGCAUCGAAUACAACAAGCUUCUGGAGACUCUUCUCCCGCUGUCGGACCUUGAGGCCCGUGUCAAUGUGGCGGUGGAUCUAAUCACCUCCAGCCACAAGGGCAUCAGCCGAGAAUUGCUGCACUUUGCAGCCACCACCUUCUACUACAAACUAAAGGCUGCUGAUAGCUAUGUGCCAGCAACAAAAUACCAUGGCAAUGUGACACUACUGCGUGCCAAAACCAGCAGCGACUAUGAACAAAACCUGGGAACAGACUACAAGCUCAGCGAGGUAUGUGAUGGCAAGGUGUCAGUCCACGUCAUUGAGGGAGACCACCGUACAUUCCUGGAAGGAGAGGGGGUGGAGUCCAUCAGUAGCAUCAUCCACAGUUCACUGGUUGAGCCACGGGUCACAGCAAGAGAGGGCUAGAUAUGUUAUACCUAAUCACAGCCUUCACCUCAUACUAAUUUCACAAGUACAUAAAUGCAUUCCCACAGUAAGUCUUUGCAGACAGCAGGUUUGCAUUGUGUGCCAUUUUUCACUAACAUCCCAAAUGCACCUUAUUCUUCCCCCCACACAAUAGAUACUCUCUAACCUACCCUAAUCUUAACUGUGCUGUCUGUGUAGUAAAAAUAAUAAAAAGUGUUAUAAAUAAGAGUAAUGUUAUUGAAGAAUGGUCACAUUGAAUGACCUCCUGAUCUAUAAAACCGGUAGUUUUGAUAAGACAUCAUGAAAAGACAAUUAACAAAAUUAUCAUUAUUCCUUAAAUACUGUCAUGCCCUGAUACUAAUGGAUAUAAUUAUGCAUGUUUGUAACUUUACCACUGUCAAAUUGUUGGACUUCAAAAUGCCUUUGUUUAACACAGAGCCCCUUGGUUGUUGUGCAGCUUCAAUGCAACAAACAUGCAAAUCAUGUCAUUGGCUUUGCCUUUCAAUACAUUAUUUUUGGGUUAACAGCCACAAGGUCAGUGAUGCUGUUCUGAUUCCAAAAACCUGUGACACUGUAUUAACAAUAUUUUAAUAGUGAUGUACUUAAUAUGUUUGGAACAUAAAUGUCUCACUUAAUUUAGCAUCUUUUCCCAAAUUGGCUUGUAGAUUGUAAAUGAAUAGUAAGGCACCUGUUGAAUGCGGACAUACCUGAACAGCAAGUCUCUGAGCAGCAGGGGAUCCUCUCUGUCCUGGGAUCUUUGCUGAAAGGCUGUCCUCCCAGAGCUGUCUCUGACUCCCAUGAUCUCACCUGGAUUCAUAACCCAAAACCAGCAGCCCAGUCCCACAAAAGAACAGUCAACCUGACUUCUGAGGCCUCUAAUCUGGUCUAUGAAGGGUCACGUUACUUGAGGCAAAUGUGGUGAUUGAUUGCAGUGAAAAGGAGAAGGAUGUGACAGUACUGUGUAUGCUCUUUGCUCAUAUUGUAAUAUUUUCAGUAUGCAUUGUGACAACUAAUAAAGGCAUCUCACAAAGUUC